CAUGCACUGCAGGCGUCACACUAAACAAGGAAGGAACGGGUUCAUUCAUGGACGGAACCGGAAACCUGCUAUUUCCUGGUUGAGGAAGAAGAAUCGACUUUUUGGGAGUCGUUGACAGUAGAGCAAUCUUCUUCAGUCUCAUCCUCCUUCGCCUAUCUAGCCAAGGUAAUGUCUGAACCAGUGAAGGCCAGCUCCGGCACAAGGGACCCGAGGGACCACAGUCACCGCAUAGUAGACGGUCGUCCAUUCUCUCACCAUUCAGCUGCAUCCGCUGACCAUACAGUCACUUCCUUGGAUGACCACCACGCACUCUCACAUCAUUCAGACACAGGUGGUGCCAAUGGGCAUACGCACUCGGAUCUUCCAUUUGACGGCCAUAUACACACGUAUAUUCCAGACAUGGACGAGGACAGGAUCUACAUGGACUACAACGCCACCACCCCACUGGAGCCACAGGUGAUCCAGGCUGUUACUGAAGCCCUGCACGAGGCCUGGGGAAACCCCAGUAGUACCUACACACCAGGAGUGAAAGCAAAGAAGAUCAUUACCCAGGCGAGAGAGAAUGUGGCUAGAAUGGUGGGGGGGAAAGCAGAUGACAUCAUCUUCACCUCUGGUGGGACUGAGGCCAAUAACCUGGUGUUCCACAGUGCCCUGGAGGCCUACAGAGAGAGCUGCAGGACAGCAGAGCAGAGAGGGGAGAGACGUCGCCAUGAGAACAGCGGAACCUCAGCCUGGCCUCUACCUCAUAUCCUCGUCUCUAACGUAGAGCAUGACUCAGUCAGACUGACCGCUGAACACCUGCUGAAGGACGCCACGGCAGACGUGACGUCAGUGGCGGUUUCCAAGGUGACGGGGAGGGUGGAGGUGGAGGAUGUGUUGGCUGCUGUCCGCCCCUCCACCUGUCUCAUCUCUAUCAUGAUGGCUAACAACGAGACAGGAGUCCUAAUGCCAAUCAGAGAGCUCUGUCAGAGGGUCAGCUUUGUCAACAGACAGCGUCAACAUAGAAUCCUCCUGCACACUGACGCGGCCCAGGCCAUAGGCAAGGUGCGGGUCGACGCCCGUGACCUGGGAGUGGAUUACCUCACCAUUGUAGGACACAAGUUCUAUGCACCGAGGAUGGGAGCGUUGUAUGUGAACGGCCCAGGAACAACCACACCCCUCUACCCCAUGUUGUUUGGAGGGGGACAGGAGAGGAACUUCAGACCAGGCACUGAGAACACACCAAUGAUCGCUGGCCUUGGAAAGGCAGCAGAGCUGGUGAACUCUAACCUGACUGAGUAUGAAACUCAUAUGCUGGAUACAAGGGACUACCUGGAGGAACAACUAGAGGCGAUCUUCGGGAGAGAGAGGAUCCAUUUCAACAGUCAUUUCCCUGACUCCGAGACCCUACCCAAUACCUGUAACGUGUCUAUUCUGGGUGCUGGACUACAGGGGAGGAAGGUGUUGUCCAGCUGUAGAAGACUGCUGGCCAGUGUUGGGGCUGCAUGCCAUUCACACAGAGGAGACAGGCCCUCCCAUAUUCUGCUGAGCUGUGGCAUCCCUGAAGAGGUGGCAGCUAAUGCCCUGAGGCUGAGUGUGGGGAGAGGGACCAGCCGGGCUGAGGUAGGCCUGGUGGUGGAGGAUCUGAAGAAUGCUGUCGAGAGGCUGGAGGGACUCAACUGAUCAACGUUGAUUGUAAUUGUUUGAUUGAUCUACAGAAUAUACACCUUUUUCAUAGUGCUGUGUAUUGCAAACAGUUAAUAAUUUAAAGCAAUAUCUUGUCGAUUUCUGCAGUGAGAAUGUACACCUUUGUGAAAGGUGUUUUGUAAUUUGUUGUUGUUAUGUGUUUGUAGCGUGUAACAUUUAUACUUUUAGUACUUUUUAUUCAUUUAAUUCAGGAGAAAAAUGUUUCCAAUGUUUAAGACUGAAAAAAUUUACUCAAACUUGACUGGAAUGAUGUGAAAUAUAUGGAUGGCUUUACUGGGGGCGGCAGGGUAGCCAAGCAGUUAGAGCGUUGGACUAGUUAACCGAAAGGUUGCAAGUUCAAACCCCCAAGCUGACAAGGUAUAAAUCUGUCGUUCUGCCCCCUGAACAAGACCGUUAACCCACUGUUUCCUAGGUUGCCAUUGAAAAUAAGAAUUUGUUCUUAACUGACUUGCCUAGUUAAAUAAAGAUUUUUAAAAAAUGUAAAAAAUGGUGCUUGCUGUCAGUUGUCAGCUUCGCUGGCUAAUCAGAGGAGCUAACGGAAACGCCAUGUGAAUAGCGUAUAAGCUGUUUAAAGUUGUCAAAAUAAAGCAUUGGUAUAUCUAA